CGGGCGGCGACGGCGGCCGCGCCUGUAGGAGAGGGCGGGUCGGGGUCGGCUGCUACAGGCGGGCGGGCGCGGGGAGCUGUGGGUGGCUGCCGUGUCUCCUGCCGCCGCUCUCCCUCCGCCACGAUGCCGGGAAUCGACAAGCUGCCCAUCGAGGAGACGCUGGAGGACAGUCCGCAGACAAGGUCUUUACUGGGUGUAUUUGAAGAAGAUGCUACAGCUAUUUCCAACUAUAUGAACCAGUUGUAUCAAGCUAUGCAUCGGAUUUAUGAUGCACAGAAUGAAUUAAGUGCAGCAACACACCUGACUUCAAAACUUUUAAAAGAAUAUGAAAAACAGCGUUUUCCAUUGGGGGGUGAUGAUGAAGUUAUGAGCUCUACUUUGCAACAGUUUUCAAAAGUUAUAGAUGAGCUUAGCUCUUGUCAUGCAGUACUUUCAACGCAGCUAGCUGAUGCCAUGAUGUUUCCCAUUACCCAGUUUAAAGAAAGAGAUCUAAAAGAAAUAUUGACAUUAAAGGAAGUGUUUCAGAUUGCUAGUAAUGAUCAUGAUGCUGCAAUUAACAGAUAUAGCCGGUUGUCUAAAAAAAGAGAAAAUGACAAGGUAAAGUAUGAAGUCACAGAAGAUGUCUACACUUCCAGAAAAAAACAACACCAGACCAUGAUGCAUUAUUUUUGUGCAUUAAAUACUCUUCAAUACAAAAAGAAAAUAGCAUUGUUAGAACCUCUACUCGGGUACAUGCAAGCUCAGAUAAGUUUCUUUAAGAUGGGUUCUGAAAAUCUCAAUGACCAGCUGGAAGAAUUCUUGACUAAUAUUGGAACAAGUGUACAGAACGUUCGUAGGGAAAUGGACAAUGAUGUAGAGACCAUGCAGCAGACAAUAGAAGAUUUGGAGGUAGCCAGUGACCCCUUAUAUGUGCCUGACCCAGAUCCCACGAAAUUUCCUGUUAAUCGAAACUUAACCCGGAAGGCUGGAUACCUUAAUGCUAGGAAUAAAACAGGCUUGGUGUCAUCUACCUGGGACAGACAGUUCUACUUCACGCAGGGUGGAAACUUAAUGAGUCAGGCGCGUGGGGAUGUGGCAGGCGGCCUGGCCAUGGACAUUGACAACUGCUCAGUAAUGGCUGUGGACUGUGAAGACAGGCGAUACUGUUUUCAGAUCACUUCCUUUGACGGAAAAAAAUCUUCAAUUUUGCAAGCAGAAAGUAAAAAAGACCAUGAGGAGUGGAUCUGUACAAUAAAUAACAUAUCCAAACAAAUAUAUUUAAGUGAAAAUCCGGAGGAAAUUGCUGCACGAGUAAAUCAGUCCGCUUUGGAGGCGGUCACUCCUUCCCCGUCUUUCCAGCAGAGGCACGAGAGUCUGCGGCCGGCAGCACAAUCUCGGCCACUGACAGCUCGAACUAGCAGCUCGGGAUCCUUAGGAUCUGAGUCCACAAAUUUGGCUGCCCUUUCUCUAGAUUCUCUCGUUGCUCCAGAUACUCCAAUACAGUUUGACAUCAUUUCUCCCGUGUGUGAAGAUCAGCCUGGCCAGGCAAAAGCCUUUGGCCAGGGAGGCAGGCGCACAAAUCCAUUUGGAGAAUCUGGAGGAGGUACAAAAUCUGAAACUGAAGAUUCUAUUCUUCAUCAGUUAUUUAUUGUCCGAUUCCUUGGUUCUAUGGAGGUGAAAUCAGAUGACAAUCCAGAUGUUGUUUAUGAAACAAUGCGGCAAAUCUUAGCUGCCCGGGCCAUCCAUAACAUCUUUCGUAUGACAGAAUCACAUUUAUUGGUCACUUGUGAUUGUUUAAAGUUAAUUGAUCCACAGACACAAGUUACACGGCUCACAUUUCCAUUACCCAGUGUAGUUUUGUACGCUACACAUCAGGAAAAUAAGAGGCUUUUUGGAUUUGUUCUUCGGACAUCAGGAGGGAGAAGUGAAAGUAAUCUGUCAUCAGUCUGCUAUAUAUUUGAAUCGAACAAUGAGGGGGAAAAGAUUUGCGAUUCUGUUGGUCUGGCAAAACAGAUAGCUUUGCAUGCAGAACUGGAUCGUCGGGCGUCAGAAAAACAAAAAGAAAUAGAGAGGGUAAAAGAGAAGCAACAGAAAGAACUCAGCAAACAAAAACAAAUUGAAAAGGACUUAGAAGAACAAAGUCGGUUGAUAGCUGCUUCCAGUAGACCAAACCAAGCCAGUAGUGAGGGGCAGUUUGUUGUCCUUAGCAGUAGCCAGUCAGAAGAGAGUGAUUUGGGAGAAGAAGGAAAGAAAAGAGAGUCAGAAGCAUGAACUUAUCCUUGCUUUUUGGUUGGUAUUCCCCCCUUGGAAUUUAUUGACAGUUUCUGUGGUGAAAUGGCACAAGGUAACAACUAUGUUGAAAUAUCCAGGAGACUAAAGUUUAUAUUUGCUUGUUUGUUUUAACUUCAUUUUUUAAAAUAAGAUUGAUCUUGAUCACUUAGGUUUGCAUUGAUUUUUUUUCCUUAAAAAUAAUAUACUAUGCAGUAACAUCAAAUUCCACGUGUCAAAGAGAAACCUGUUCAUCUCCUUGAAGUAGAUUGCUGAGGAAUUACACUUGCUCAAGCCUUUUUUCCUUCAAAUUGUGAACUUAUCUUGCAUUGUAAUUGGCUCUGACCAUAAGAAACCUUUUAUUCUUCAGCUUCAGAUAUUCAUGGAUAUGCUCCCUCUUCUCAUUAGGAACAUUUUUGCUGGCAGUGAGGAAGCUUUCAACUGAAUCAGUUCAAAACCCUUUAUACAGAGAAUUCUACAAGUUUGCAAAUAUUUUAAUUAUUAAAUGUGCAAUAGAACUUUUAUAUAAAAUAAUUAGAAAAAAGAUUUUAGACUUAAGGUUUCAAAUUGUGGCAGGUGGUACUGUGAUUUCAGGGCACUUUCUUGGAUUGCUCACAUUUCUCUGAUGUGAGCAAUUUCUUCUUUCCCACCUGAUGCCAGUGGGAAAGAAGCCUACGUGUCUUCAGUUCAAGAUUGAUACAGCCCGUGGCAUUUAAUUAUCACAUUCUUAGUUCUCAGGUUGGGACUUGAAUUAUUGCUGCAGAGCAGUAAUGAUUAAAAUAAGAUUUUGGAAUUUAUUAAAAGGGAUUUUUUUUGUUCAAGUACAUUUUAGAUUAGGACUUAACAUGUAAAGAUAUUGUUACAGGAUAACACAUUGUAUUUUCUGCAUUGCGUGAAAUAAUUUUUAUUGAAAAUCAAGUGACAUUUCAAAAGAAAUUCUGUAACAGUUGUUUCCUGCUUAAAGUAAAAAUGCCCAGAGUUUAGUUUAGAAAAUGUAAUCUUUUAAAUUUCAGACUGAUAUGCACAGUAUUUUCAUAAUUCCAUGUUUUGAUAAAAUACUGAUCACCACUUUAUAUCCACAAAGGCAAAUAACUAAUAUAUGAGAAUAGAAUAAUUUGCACUAAUUAUUGUAAAUACUUGUACUCUCAAAUGAGUAAAAGGUCUAAUUCCAUGAAAGAUUGAAAGGAGAUUGAAUGUUUGGUUUAAGAGUGACCAAGGAAGGAUUUUAGUUUGGUGCCAAGGUUAAAAUGACAUUUCCCUACUGCCAUGUCAAAACUUGAUUUUUUUUUUUUUUAACAUUGCUGAUAGAAAUUAUGUUUCCUUUGUUUCACAUGUAAAACUAUAUAGAAACAAGUUAAAUAUAUUGAAUAAAAUACAUAGUCAUACAUCUAAAAUUUUCAAGAGAUUAGCCACUUCAUGACUAAUUAUAUAAGGGAAAAGCCCUUUGUUCUUUGAUACAGUCUUAUCUUAGUUCUGAAUUAGAGACGGCAUCUAUUUUAGCUCUCACAGUACAGUGUGGCUGUUUCACACUGUGUGCACACUGCUUUCUGUGGAAGGGGAUAAUUACAUAUAGGAUCAGGAUAUUCUUUGUAUCCAUGUGCCAAAUGGGAAUAAUGAUUACUUGAUAAUCAUUAUUUUGAAGAUUAUAUUCACAAAACAUACAGUAACAAAAUAGACCUUUAUGGAAUACUUUUUGAAGAAAGUUGACUUUGUGCUUACUUUGGGAAUGCUUUCACAAUAGUUGGUGUAUCAUUCCUUUGGUAGAAGUUGAAAUUUCUGUGGUCAGCCCUUGAUUAGUCAUGGUAGGUCCUGCUUUUAAGAUCUUUUUGAGAAUUAGUCAGCUCUCUGUUUCAUAAAGUCUUUUGUUUAUGCUAUUAAGUUGUCACCUCACUUAGUUCAGAUGAAACUUGUCACCCUACAAUGAAGGCGGUCAGCUUUAGGAGGCAGUUUUACUAGGCUGGUGCUGUGCCUGGUAAUGAGGUGCUGCCCUUUUUUAGUUCGCUGGGUCAAAGUGAAGGCUAGAGCCAAAGGCACUGGCAGACUUCAGGAUGCUGGAUAGACCUGUAGUUCCUUUCAAGUCCUGUUUUGAUAGGACUUUCUACAAUAACACAUCCAUUUCCACAGAUCAGACCAAAGAGCCUUCCGACACCAAAUAGAAAUCGUGUGUGGGAUUAACAGUUUUAGAUAUUUCAACUUUUGGUCCAUUGCUAUAGGACUAUACGAACUUUGCAUACUGCAGAUAUUUAGGCAUCAGCUUUAAAAAACUUGGCUUUUUGUUUGAAGAAGGCUGCCCGUGGGUUUCUGCAUAAUGUUAAAGCUGAUCUUGGUUUGUUACCCUUUGAAAUCCCUUCUGGCUCUUGAGUGCUUUGAUGGUAAUUGAAUUCGAAUUUGGGAUAGUUUUCUCCAAUUCAAACUUACACUUGAUGGUUUUAGAAAUUAACAAAAUUGAUUCUUUAAAAGAAAAGAAAGUCUACCUAAUUCAGCUAUGCACUCUGCUACCUAUAAAAACAGUACUUUUGUAACGAUGGUAAUGAAGUCGAUAGGAAACUAAUUAUACUGCUUCUCCCUUUAAAAAUUUUAAAACUCUUAACAAAGGACUGAACAGAGUCCCCAAAGCCAGUCUAGUUUUUGUCAUUUCUACAAUGAUUAGUUUGUGUUUAACUUCAAAAGAAUUCUCAGGCCCUGGGGUGGUAAAAUUAUUACUUUUAUGCUUGGGAAAAGGGUAUUAGGGUAUGCAUAACAUUCUACGUAACAUACAGUCUUGUAAAGGCAUCUGAGUUAAUUUUGAGUUAUGUGUAGGAACUACAAAUAUUUAAGAUUUGAAUCUUACUAGAAAUGCUGACAGACCCUAAGAUCCCGUGUAUUGCAAAACCUGCUACCUGAAUUAAUAAAAUGAAAAUACUAACAUUGGUUUUGACAACAACCUCCUAGCAUUCAAAUUGUACUUUAAAUAUUCAAACACACUGAUUGUAGCAAGCAAGCCUUUCAUUUUAUUUUAAGCAACUUUGGCUUACUCUUCUUUCAUGAAUUUUGUUCUUCUGCAUUAAUAACACCUAAAGAUUUGAAACUGGAACUAUAUACUACACUUUUUAACUAGUCUCUUGUGGCUGUACUCAUGUAAUUUACUUCAGCUAAUAUGAGAACUGGGAUUAAGUUAUAACUAAUGUGCAAAACCGCUUUGUAUAUUUGGUGAUUUUGUAAUGUUAGUGAAUUGGUUCUUAUCUCACUGAUACUAUUAAUCAUGCAUAUAUACAAUUAAAAAUCAUGCUACAUUUCCCUUUAGAAUUGAAGAGCUCAACUUUAUGUAAUGGUGGUAUACAUGUGGGGUGGAGAGCUUAUUCUUUUCGUUUUGUCAAAGUAGGUAUUCUCUGACAAGGCUUCAGGAUAUAUGCUUUUAGGAGAUUUUUAAUGUAUAAUAAAGUCCAUGAUUUUUGUAUAGUCUUUUUUGUAUGAAGUAUUUGAUAUAUACUCUGAAUUUUAUUUCUUCAAGUAAUUCCAAAUGAUGCUUGUGAAACAAAUGGACUUUUUCUUAUGUUAUGACACUUAUAAUUACACAUCUAGCCCCACUGCAAUUCCAUAACAGCUAAAAUGAAAAAAAAAAAGUCACUUAACUGAGAAUACAAAUUCAUCACUAGUGACUUUUUUUUCUUUUAGAAAAACAGACUUCUCAAUAAUUACCCUAGACAUGUUACAGACAAUAUAUACUUGCUAUGGUUGGCCCUAUUCAAAGAAAUACAUAUGUUUAAAGGGGCAGGUUAUUGUGUACACCAGCUUAAGUGGGCUUGGCCUGUAAUUUUAAUACCAAUACAUAUUUGUCCCAUGUACUCUUUAUACUUUCCUAUAACACCAAGUUUUUUUUCUUCUGGGAGUUUCUGUUCUAAUUUGUUUUUAUAAAAUAUAUAUACUUUUAGAAGGUCCAGGGUGGAUGAAACUAUAGAAUUAUGUAAUUUAUCUAAGUGCAUGUAUAUCCUAAAUAUAUUUGUAUAUUGACAUAUCUAUAAUCCACUACUCACUUAUAAAUGGACACCACAAUUUGACUAAAAAAAUAAAAAUUAUUCAUGCC